AUAAAGGACAGCCAUACGGAGACACUCAGACAGAAAUCACACGUGUAUCUGUGUAGAGGCAGAGGGAGGCUAACAGCACACUGAGGGGAACUCAGAGGAAACAGACGCUCACAAUAUAGCCAGCCAGGAGUGAAGGAGGGGUCCACCUUGAGAGAGAGAGAGACAGACAGACAGAGAAAGAGAGAUAGGUGAGAGAGUGAGACAGAGAAAGAGAGAGGAAGAGAGAGAGAGAGAGAGAGGUGAGAGAAGCAGAGAAAGAGCGAGAGAUAUCAAAUAGUGAUUUAAUCUGAGUGUCUUGAUCUCUUUUGUCCUCAUGUCCAAGGAUUAAGUAGAGGAUCUACAGUACUGGGGGAUCUGGUCUUUCUACAGGUCUCUAUAUGAGAGAGGAGUCUCCCACCUGUCUUAUAGAUCUGGACUGAUGUCUUUUACGAUGGUGCGUACGGCUCCCCCAAGCCGCUUCCUCUUCUCCGACAUCAGCAUGAUGUCAGAGGACGAGGAGGAGAACGGCGGCAGCGAGAGCUCGGGCUCCGACUCCCAGAAGUCCUCCUUCCGUCUCAACGGCGGCUCCAACGGGUUUCAGAUCAAGGUGGGAAGCAGGAAGAGGAAGUUCUGCGGAGUUGCCGGGAGGCUGGCGGGGCCCCCGAUGGUGGCAGGGGCCCCGGUGGUGGAGGUGCGGCAGCGGAACGUGGCAAACGCUCGAGAGAGGGACCGCACCAACAGCGUGAACACAGCCUUUACUGCCCUGAGGACCCUCAUCCCCACCGAGCCAGCUGACAGGAAGCUGUCCAAGAUCGAGACUCUGCGGCUGGCGUCCAGCUACAUCUCCCACCUGGGUAAUGUACUGCUGGUGGGCGAGGCGUGUGGGGAUGGGCAGCCGUGCCACACCUCGACACCCCCAUUCCACCACCACACCCUCCACAGUCUCAGCCCCUCGCCCGGCCGGGGCUCAGAGAACCAGCCCAAACACAUCUGUACUUUCUGCCUCAGCAAGCAGAGGAAAAUGAACAAAGACAGAGACAGAAAAACAACUGUAAGAAGAUAACGCCUGAAGGACAGAAACAUCCAGAGGAUAAAUAUCCAACACUAUUGUGAAGGAUCAGUUCACUUUGCCUAUUCUUCAAAUGAAAGUUGUAAUUACAGUUGUGUACUUAAUGAGAAUACAAUAUUUGUAUCAUGUAUAUAUAUAUAUAUAUAUAUGGAAAGCACAAUGGUGUAUUUAAGACCAUGGAGGAUUUGAUAUGUGUGUUAAGGGAGGAUGUGGCAGCAAAAAGUCCAUGAAACAUGGGAUGAUAUAUAGACUCAUGACCAUUUAAUUAAUAUCUAUCCUUAAACUACUGGGCAUUAUAAUGAACAGGCAGAGGAGGAAAGCUAUUUCAACGUCUGCAGCCCAAAUGGCACUAUAUUCCCUAUAUUGUGCACUACUUGGGCUCUGGAAACACAAAUGACUCGUUACUGAACCUUCCACGGACUUCAGAGCACCCAAAUAUGACAUAACACCACUCUAGAACCCCCCCCCUGGACUGUAUGCCCUUCACUCUCAUCAAUACGUGCUGGAUGUUCAUGUUAUUGAUGUUCAACAUAUUGUGCUAUUACGCUGAUGGAUCUGAAGUGUACUGGCUGAAUCAUGGGAGAAAGGCAAUCCUUUAGGAAGAAUCAGCAGUAGUUCAGUACCAUGCAGACCCCGACAUCCCCCACCCUUUCAUCAACUACCAAUCAGAUGGAUUUCUAAAGCUCUUCUUUUGUUACAUCAACAGUUGUUACAGAGUGCUUUUCAGAAGCACAAGCAGAAGCACAGCCCUCAGCCUCAGACACUGGUGAUGGUGACUGGCAGAGCAGAGGAACAGAUCCUAGAUUACAUCUGCAGGUAGAGCUCUGGAAGUCUGCCUGUCAACGUCCCCUGACUGUCCUCUCGUUUACCUUUGGAAUUCCAUGUGCUCCCUCCGUCUCUCCUCCUCUUCUCCUGCGUUCUUCCUUCUUUUUCCCAGGAGCGCUACUGACUCACAGGCUCUGUUCUGAUGGCUUUACAAUGUGUGCAGGGUUCACUCAGAUUGUCCUCUGUCCUGCAUCUUUGCUGCUUCCUUUUCUAUCCGCCAUCCGUGACCCCUGUUUGAAGAAGAAGAAGAGGUCCACUUCAUUGUGCUAUAUCCAUGGAUGUCCAACUGCUCCUUGUCUUGUGCUUUUUGUCCAACCCCUCCAAAGACUUACACACACAUACAGUGGUUUGAGAGCUCUGACAGAUUUCGGUCCACCUCCUGAAAAAUCAUCAAGAUCUUUUCAUAAAUAGUUGAACAUUUGGAAAUCUGGGCCAAUGUUGUGUAUUGUUUAUGUGUUUUUGUAUUGUUUAUGUAUUGUUCGAUAAAAAUAUGUUUUAUGCUAA